CGGUGGAGGGCAGGCCGGGGAAGAGGCGUGUCGGAGACUCCCGGGGUGUAGCCGUGCCCGCGGGUCCGCUGUGGCCGGAGAGGGGAAGAUUCAGGUCCACGCCUCCGUGAGCCGCCUCUGCCCAAACGCCUCAGCCUGGCCCCCCGCGAUUAACCGGGGAGGAACCGAAACCUGGAUGGGCUCUAGCAUCUCCCGCAGAGCGCUUGGUUGACCGCAGCAGCCGAGGCAGGUAAAAGGAUUGCUGUUUCAACUCAGGGAAGCAGUAGCCUCGUUGUCUUUGUGUUUAAACUGCAGCAGCAACUUGGAGACCAACAAUGAAGCCAUGAUAUCUGAGAACAAAGGAGCAUUUGCCAACUAAAUGUCAGCACAUUUCACGGGAUUGUGUAACAACACUGCAGCAGACCUGUGUGUCAGCUAGCACAGCGAGAAUGUUGUCUUCCAGCACUACUUAUUGGAAGAGGUUUUAAUGUAGAUUCCUGAAACUUGUCAUUUAUCAAAUGAAAUAAAAAUGAGUGAAGCCCCCAGAUUCUUUGUUGGGCCUGAAGAUGCAGAAAUAAACUCUGGAAAUUAUCGUCGCUUCUUCCACCAUGCAGAUGAAGAGGAGGAGGAAGAGGAUGAGUCUCCACCAGAAAGGCAGAUUGUGGUUGGAAUAUGUUCCAUGGCAAAGAAAUCCAAAUCCAAACCCAUGAAGGAAAUUUUGGAACGGAUCUCCUUAUUUAAAUACAUCACAGUAGUAGUUUUUGAAGAGGAAGUAAUUUUGAACGAACCCGUGGAAAACUGGCCUUUAUGUGAUUGUCUUAUUUCUUUCCAUUCUAAAGGAUUUCCCCUGGACAAAGCAGUUGCCUAUGAAAAACUCAGGAAUCCAUUUGUAAUCAAUGACUUGAAUAUGCAGUAUCUCAUACAAGAUAGAAGAGACGUUUAUAGCAUUCUUCAAGCUGAAGGCAUCUUACUUCCUCGGUAUGCCAUUCUGAACCGUGACCCAAAUAACCCGAAAGAGUGCAAUCUGAUUGAAGGAGAAGAUCAUGUAGAAGUCAAUGGGGAAGUUUUCCAGAAGCCAUUUGUAGAAAAGCCAGUCAGUGCAGAAGACCACAAUGUUUACAUUUAUUAUCCAACAUCUGCCGGUGGUGGAAGCCAGAGACUUUUCAGAAAGAUUGGCAGUAGAAGCAGUGUAUAUUCUCCAGAAAGCAGUGUGCGAAAAACGGGAUCAUAUAUAUACGAAGAGUUUAUGCCUACAGAUGGUACUGAUGUUAAGGUUUAUACUGUGGGCCCAGACUAUGCUCAUGCUGAGGCUCGAAAAUCUCCGGCUCUCGAUGGCAAGGUCGAACGAGACAGUGAAGGGAAAGAAGUCAGGUACCCAGUCAUUCUCAAUGCACGGGAGAAGCUGAUUGCGUGGAAAGUCUGCCUCGCUUUCAAGCAAACAGUUUGUGGUUUUGAUUUGUUACGUGCCAAUGGACAGUCCUAUGUCUGUGAUGUCAAUGGCUUCAGUUUUGUGAAAAAUUCCAUGAAGUACUAUGAUGAUUGUGCAAAAAUACUUGGCAAUAUUGUCAUGCGAGAGCUUGCUCCACAGUUUCACAUCCCCUGGUCAAUACCCUUAGAAGCUGAAGACAUUCCCAUUGUACCAACCACAUCUGGAACGAUGAUGGAACUUCGGUGUGUCAUAGCUGUCAUACGACAUGGAGAUAGAACACCGAAACAGAAGAUGAAGAUGGAAGUGAGGCAUCAAAAGUUUUUUGAUCUUUUUGAAAAGUGUGAUGGCUACAAGUCAAGGAAGUUAAAACUCAAGAAGCCAAAACAGUUACAGGAAGUCCUGGAUAUUGCACGGCAGCUUCUUAUGGAGCUGGGGCAAAACAAUGACUCUGAAAUUGAAGAAAACAAGUCAAAACUUGAACAACUUAAGACUGUGUUAGAGAUGUAUGGUCAUUUUUCUGGAAUAAAUCGUAAGGUCCAAUUGACCUAUCUCCCUCAUGGCUGUCCUAAAACGUCUAGUGAGGAGGAAGAUAACCGAAGAGAGGAGCCAUCCUUACUGCUGGUUCUCAAAUGGGGAGGAGAGCUAACUCCAGCAGGCAGGGUUCAGGCUGAAGAGCUAGGAAGAGCUUUUAGGUGUAUGUACCCUGGAGGUCAAGGAGAUUAUGCAGGGUUUCCUGGUUGUGGUCUGCUCCGAUUGCAUAGCACCUACCGACAUGACCUCAAAAUAUACGCCUCCGAUGAAGGGCGGGUCCAGAUGACUGCAGCUGCUUUUGCAAAGGGUCUGUUGGCUCUAGAAGGAGAGCUUACCCCCAUUCUGGUCCAGAUGGUGAAAAGUGCAAAUAUGAACGGCCUUUUGGACAGUGACAGCGACUCUUUAAGCAGUUGUCAGCAGCGUGUGAAAGCGAGGCUUCAUGAAAUCCUUCAGAAAGACAGAGAUUUUACAGCCGAAGACUAUGAGAAGCUUACUCCAUCUGGAAGCAUUUCUGUUAUCAAAUCAAUGCAUUUAAUUAAAAAUCCAGUGAAAACCUGUGACAAGGUAUAUUCCUUGAUUCAAAGUUUGACUUCUCAAAUCAGACAUCGGAUGGAAGAUCCCAUAUCAUCUGAUAUCCAGCUGUACCACAGUGAGACUCUGGAACUUAUGCUGCGGAGGUGGUCCAAGUUGGAGAAAGACUUUAAAACAAAGAAUGGAAGAUAUGAUAUUAGUAAAAUCCCUGACAUAUAUGACUGCAUCAAAUAUGAUGUUCAGCAUAACGGUUCCUUGAAGUUAGAAAAUACAAUGGAACUAUAUAGGCUUUCAAAGGCAUUGGCGGAUAUUGUCAUCCCUCAGGAAUAUGGUAUAACUAAAGCUGAAAAACUGGAGAUUGCCAAAGGCUACUGUACUCCUCUCGUUAGAAAAAUCCGGUCAGACCUUCAGAGGACACAAGAUGAUGAUACUGUAAAUAAACUCCAUCCUGUGUAUUCUAGAGGUGUCCUGUCUCCUGAACGCCAUGUCCGCACCAGACUGUAUUUUACUAGUGAAAGUCAUGUGCAUUCCUUAUUGUCCAUUCUUCGCUACGGCGCGUUAUGUGACGAAUCAAAGGAUGAGCAGUGGAAACGAGCCAUGGAUUAUUUAAAUGUUGUCAAUGAACUCAACUACAUGACUCAGAUUGUUAUCAUGCUUUAUGAGGAUCCUAACAAGGAUCUUUCCUCGGAGGAACGCUUUCAUGUUGAAUUACACUUUAGUCCUGGAGCCAAAGGCUGUGAAGAAGAUAAGAAUUUACCAUCUGGCUACGGGUAUAGGCCAGCUUCCAGGGAGAACGAAGGCAGAAGGUCUCUUAAAACUGAUGACGAUGAACCUCAUACUUCUAAAAGAGAUGAAGUUGAUCGAGCUGUAAUACUGUUUAAACCAAUGGUAUCAGAACCAAUUCAUAUACACCGGAAGUCACCACUUCCAAGGUCUAGGAAAGUGGCUACAAAUGAAGAAGAGAGCCCCCUGAGUGUGUCUAGCCCAGAGGGUACUGGUACCUGGCUGCAUUAUACCAGUGGUGUGGGUACUGGGCGUCGAAGACGCAGAUCAGGGGAACAAAUCACCUCUUCCCCUGUCUCCCCCAAAUCAUUGGCUUUCACAUCCAGUAUUUUUGGCUCAUGGCAACAGGUUGUAUCUGAAAAUGCCAACUAUCUUCGAACACCACGAACUCUUGUGGAACAGAAGCAGAACCCUACUGUAGGGUCUCACUGUGCGGGCCUGUUUAGCACCUCAGUGCUCGGGGGUUCUUCAAGCGCACCUAACCUACAGGAUUAUGCUCGUACUCAUCGUAGAAAGCUGACCUCCUCUGGCUGCAUAGAUGACGCCACACGCGGGUCUGCUGUUAAAAGGUUUUCUAUCUCAUUUGCUCGACACCCAACCAAUGAAUACCUAUACCUCUGUAGGUGCUGGUCUGCUUCCUCUGUGGAAUUUCUAGGCUCCGGCGGCUUUGAGCUGUAUUCCAUGGUCCCAUCCAUCUGUCCUCUGGAAACUCUUCACAAUGCCCUGUUUUUAAAGCAAGUGGAUGACUUUCUGGCUUCCAUUGCUUCUCCAUCAACUGAAGUUCUCCGCAAGGUCCCUGAAAUGUCCUCUAUGGCCUCACGUGCCAGUCCAGCAAUGAGAAGAAAAAUUUCCCUAAAUACGUAUACACCUGCAAAGAUCCUCCCCACACCACCGGCUGCCUUAAAGAGUACUAAAGCAAGCGGCAAAGCAGACGAAGAGGUGUGACUUGUGUCAGUCAGCAGAGCCAGUAAUCAGGGGACCAAAGUAGUCAGCGGGCCAUCUCCAGCAGCUACCUCAGCUCGGAAGAAGAGCUUAGCUGGCAAAACUGAGGGCCAAGAACACAAGAAAAGCACCGGGAAAAAAAGAUGAACUCACACCAGAAUCAAAAGUUCCCAUACUUAGAAAGGGACUUGUUGCUUAGCGAAAGAUUUGUAAGAAACCUUGACUGAAGCUGGUCAGAGCCAGUGGUACAUGUGUUACCAGACCUGACUUUAUACAUUUGUGUAUUUGCUUUAAACACCUCAAAAACCAGAGGACCCUGUGUUUUUAUUCUGAUGGAGAGCUUUGGCAGGAUCUAGAAAUGUUCAAAAUGUCUGUCAGCUUUCUGUGUGUGAAAAAUUCAUGACACCUGCUGCUGUCACUGUGAUGGUUACCGUGUGCCUGUGGCACAGACAAAGGACGCAAAAAUCCGGCUGACUGGUACCAAAGUGCACUCUGAUCAGGUGAUUCUCUGCACACCUGAGUCUCCCCAAGAUUGCAUUCAGUAAGAUUGGACAGGCGAGAUCACCUGUGGAGGACUUUUCUUAAAGUGCAUUUCCAAAGAGAGCUCGUCGACCAUUUACAUUAGAAUUUUUUUUGUUAUUGUUACUAUAGCCUAUGCUGCGAUAUUUAUUGACUGGAAAAUAUAGAACAUGAAUUAUUUUUUCAAUUUGUGCUUUGAAUUUUAUAUUAUAAAUUAUUUAAAAUAUUACAAAUACAGGUGGGAGAACUAUACCUUUAUACACAUAAAUUUGCAAAUUCAUUUGUAGAAAAUAUUUUCUUUAUACAUUUCUUUACCAUAAAAGGUACUUGGUUCAUCCAGAAAAAUUUUGUUUUCUGUAUUAGCAAGAAAGGCAUUUUUUAGACUUUCUUUAUGAGCUGUAACUGAUAAGUUUGUAAAUCUUACACUUGAUUUUCAGAGUUUUUCUUGAGACCUAUAGACUCAGAUCCAAAAUGGGAGUUGUUAAUGUUAAACUGAAUUCUGCUGUUAAUAAGUGUCAUCUAUGAUACGUUUCUUGUGUUUCCAUUCUUAUGUUCAAUGUAUUUGUUGAUUUCAUCAAAAAAAUCAAAGAUAGUAAGUAAAUGCCAUUUAUAAAUGAUAAGAUUUGGGAGAUUGAGAUCACUGUUGUAAUUUCAUCUAAUAUUUUUACAAAAAGAAGAAAUCAUCAUUCUUGGUGCUUUUUCCCCUUGAUGCACAAAUAAUUGUACGAAACAUUUAAAAUGAUUUAGAAACUAAACAGUGCAGCCUGCUAAAUAACAGUCUCAAGCAUUGGAUGUGACAGGACUUGAAGUAGUCAGCUGUAGCUUCAACUUAUAUUUAGUACUGCUGGACCCUUACUGUAUAAGUACAGUUAUCGUAAUGCUUCAAAAGUGACUUCUAACCUUACAGUUCCUCAUCCUACAGGAACUGACUUGUAGAGAAUAGGCAUAUUAUGUUAUCUUGGUUGUUUUAAAAGGGAUGAGAUACAAACGUUACAAAUGUAUACAAUUAAAUAAGUUCAUAUACUUCACUUGAAUGUAAAUGGAUUAUAUGGUGAUGUAUCUUGUAAACAAAUGAAUGUAUGUUAGUUUUCUGUAUGUGAAUAUGUGAUUAAUGUGUUUAUGGUGGGGUGAGGAUACUACUUUAUUUUUUAAGUGGAAUGAAUUAAAAUUCUUUCUAGAAUAAGA